AUGAAGCAUCCGAUGAUUUUACUGCGGAACGAGCAUGUCACUCAAUUAGUCGUACGCGAGCACUACAUUAACAAUUUGCACGUAGGCAUGCAAGCUAUCCUGAACAGCGUGCGACAAAGAUUUUGGAUACCCGGCGGAAGGAAUCUUAUUCGAAAAACUAUUCAUCGGUGUGUAAGGUGCGAACCUCACAAGUCACACAAGCCAAGACCCUUUCUGCAUUCUGCCAUAGAUUAUUGUGGUCCGAUCCACAUCAAAGAGAAAACCCACCGAAACUGUAAUAAAGUUAAGAUCUACUUAACAAUAUUUGUGUGCUUUGCAACACGGGCCGUCCACAUAGAAAUCGUGGGCGAUCUAACUACCGAGGCUUUCCUAGCAGCUCUACGGCGAUUCAUGACGAGGAGAGGCCGAUGCUGUGACAUCUACAAUGCCACCAAUUUCACCGGUGCCAAUAAAAUAAUAAGGGAACUUAAUACGUUCGCGAGAUCACAAAGCUACCAUACCAUCAUAGCAUCGGCACUUGCGAGUGAAGGGGUCACAUGGCACUUCAUUCCGCCCCGAUUACCACACUUUGGCGGAUUGUGUGAAGCUGCAGUCCGAUCAACAAAACAUCAACUCACACGUGUGAUUGGUGAAAUACUGCUAUCAUACGAGGUCUCGCUGACCUACGUGAACCCCCCGUAG